AUGGUGAGGGUUGCAGAACCAGAAAAGCUAGUAACUAUUUUUCUUUCUGCUUAUAAUAUCUCUAAUGUUCUGUCUCUUAUUGAAGCAUUUUUGAAAAUUCACAGGCAAAUUGGUGAGAAGUAUGGGGUGGGUUAUUCUGAAGCUGAGAUAUUGAAAAGAUACAUAUGGGCUUAUGAGCAACCUUGGGGUAGAUCUAGGCUCAGAUAUGUUAAUGACGGAAGGCCAUUUUGGCAACAUAUAGUUAGUUCUUCGACUGGCUGUUCUGAUUCUCAGUACUUUGAGGAGCUGUAUAACUACUAUACUACAGAAAAGGCCUGGCAUCUUUGCGAUACAAAUGCGGAGAAGGUUUUCCAGGCCCUUAGAAAUGCAGGAGUAAAGUUGGCUGUAGUGUCGAAUUUUGACACCCGAUUGAGACCAGUGUUGAGGGCUCUGAACUGUGAUCAUUGGUUUGAUGCCGUAGCAGUUUCAGCUGAGGUAGAAGCAGAGAAGCCUAAUCCAACAAUAUUUCUAAAAGCUUGUGAGUUACUAGGAGUAAAUCCAGAUGAUGCUGUUCAUGUAGGCGAUGAUCGUAGAAAUGACAUUUGGGGUGCCAGAGAUGCAGGUUGCGAUGCCUGGCUGUGGGGAAGUGACGUUAACUCUUUCAAAGAGGUUGCUCAGAGAAUAGGAGUCGAGGUCUGAAAGGGUGUAAAAGCCGCUUCUUGUGCAGAAAUCUCCUCAUAGUUCCAUGUUUGUAUAUAUUCUGCUUUUGUAAUCAGUAUGAGGGAGAUAUCACCAAGGCCUUUGUUGGUGGCAAAGUUUAGAGUGUGAAUAAACAGGCUGUAGAACUGUGGUUUCUCAAUGCCAUAUUUUAGUAGCCUCUUUUGUAUGUUGGA